UGCUUGUAGUGGGCUUUGUUAUUGUUUCUAGGGGUCGUGGGGCAACGGAGCCUGAGCAGCAGGACGUGGCUGUCAGCUCUUUGUAGUUAUUCGUUCUUGUAAUUGUGUAGCUGACAAAGACGCCCAGACUGACAAGUGAAGGCGGGUUUUAAGGUUCAAAGAAGUGCCUUUGUGUUUUGUUGUCAUGGAAACAGCCGGAAAGGUGGAGUUUAGAAAUGUGGGAUGCAGUUACUUCCCUCAAAGCAGAGUGGAUUGUCACUACACACUAAGCGCACCACACAACUGGGCCAGUAGUGACUGGAUAGGACUCUUUAAGGCGGGAUGGUCAUCGGUGAAGGACUACCACACAUUUGUUUGGGCUCUAGUCCCAGCUGACUAUGAAGAGGGCACAGAGGUCAACUGCAGUGUUCAAUUCCAUGCAUCGUACCUUCCUAAGCCCUGUGCCCAAAAGUAUGAAUUUGUAUACAUCGACGCCAAAGGGGAAGUUUGCUCCCGCAGCUCUGAAUUCACAUUCUGCGCACCAAAGCCCCUGGAGGAUCUGGUGACCCUUGAGGAGGAGCCACACGGGGAGGAUGAAGGCACAGAUAUGCUGCUGGUUAUACCCAGGGCUGAACUGUUGCAGAGCCGAUUGCAGGAAUGUCUGCGGGAGCGAACUGAGCUGCUGCAAAUCCAGGAGGCGGCAUGCAGGCAAAGGGACGAAGUGAGGGCAGACUUCAACAGAGCGCGGGAGGCCUGGCUUCGACUACGCAAAGAGCUGAAGAACGACAUCAGCAGGCAUCAGGAAGAGCUGAAAAGAAGCCAGGACAACAUUGAGGAGAUGGAGAGGAAGCAGAAGGAGGAAAUGACUUUGGUAGAAUGGCUGACACAAGAGAAUAGUGCUUUAUUGGAAGUGAAAGAGGCCAACCAAGUGCGAAUUAGAGAACUGGAGGAGGACAUCAAAACUCUGACACAGAGAGCCGUGGAGCGAGAGAUAGAGCUGGAAAGGAUGAAGGAAAGAGCAAAAAAAGCCACAGCCUUGCAGAAAGAAGAAGAGAGUGACAAAAAGACACUGCAGACUUUUCUGGAACAGAACGAGGGAGACCUCCGAAGUUUGUCCAAGGAGUUCCAGAGCCUGAGGAACUCGCUGGCCCAGAGAGACACCUGUGUGGUGCAGCUCCAAAACACCAUCAGCACCCUAACGCAGAAACUCACCGCAGCCCACAGGAAAGAGGCGUUAAACGAAGCAACGCUGAGGGAGAUGAGGAGCCUGCAGGAGCGCCUGGAUGUGAGUGAGCGGACCGUGGACGGCCUGAAGAAUGAUUUAAGCACCAUGGUCGCCCAAAAAGAUCGUGGGCAGGCUGAACUACAUCAAGCCCGACUUCAGGCCGCCCAGUUUACCUUGCAACUUGCAGAUUCCAGUUUGGCGCUAAGAGAGGGGAGAGCGCAGUGGGCUCAGGAGAGGCAAAACCUGCAGGGCACCACAAAGAAGAACCAAGAGAAUUUGGAAAAACUCAGUGCAGAGAUGCAGACAAUGGAGGAGAGGCUGCAGGAGGAGAAGAUGGAUCGAGUGAAGCUGGAAGUAGAGCUUGGAAGAGAAAAGGAUUGUAACCGGGUCCAGCUAAGUGAAACCCGCAGGGAGCUCCAAGAGCUGAAGACCACCUUGAGGGUUGCCCAAAAGGAGAAGGAGCACCUGCUUUCCGAGAAAAAAGAGUUGAUGGACUACAUCUGUCAGUUGGAGCAGAAAAUGGGAACAGCAGCCAGUGCCAAGUGGAGCGCUUCCUCCGCCGUUCCCACAGCAUGUAGUGACGGCGCCUAUUCAGACAUGUCAGACGUGUCCGAGGAUGACGACCCAGAGGCCUUGCAGUCCCACCGACCGACGAGACCUCUGGGAAACUACAGUCUGUGCGAGCAAGGACCGCCAAGCCUCCUGCUUCUCACUACUCCUCCGCCAUCGCCCCUGGAGAUGGAAAGGAGCACGGUGGUUAUCAGCCAGCCGGCCCCUCUCGCCUUGCCACGGCAGCCUGGAGCCGACACACUGGCACACAGCUCUGAUUCAGAGGAAGAACCUGACUUACUUCAGGGUGGUAGAAGGCACGGCUCUGGAGAGGAAAUGGCACUUUUGCUUCCUGAUCACGCAGACACAGUGCUAAGUGAUCUGGCUGACACGUCGCUAUGGUAACCAGCAGAGUGGACGACUCACACGUGAGAUGAUGGGAUCCUUUUGGUUAGUGUUCUUCCACUACAUGUUAAUAUGCAACCUCCAUUGUUUUCUUUUCCCUCCUGGAGUGUCGCUCUGUUCAAAAAGUCAACUCUAUGUUUAUGAUGGACAUAAGAUGCCGGUCCACUCGGACAGAGCGAGCGUUUAGGCUCCGGUUCGCAAACUAUAGCCGAAUGAUUCGUGUUGAAUCAUUGCUACGUCGAGAGCUUUACGGCGAAUGUUAUGUCGUUUUUAUGACAUUUGUGAUUAGGAGUCAUGACAGGCACCGUAAUUAUGAUGUUUUGUGUGGGGCCGGGCCCCACUGAAAAUCAUGGCGAAGCUUCAUCGCAAGCAUUAAAUUCUCCCCAUCGCA